AUGGGCGAAUCUCAAGACAAGAAGGUCGGACAGCAUUAUGGCGAGGUGCGUCAUCCGUUCGACGUGAAAGCAUUGAAUACGUACCUUGAGUCCUGCGUUCCCUCUAUCGCUGCUCCAGUAACCGUCAAGCAAUUCUCGUUUGGUCAAUCCAACCCGACGUAUAUCUUGUUCGAUUCUAGGCAGACUCGGUAUGUUUUACGAAAGAAACCACCGGGUUCGCUCCUGAGCUCGACGGCACAUGCAGUUGAACGGGAAUAUCGAAUCCUUUCCUCCAUUCAUUCUUAUACCUCUUCCCUGCCUCCGGAUUCUCCAGAUGCGGUUCCUGUACCCAAGGUGUUUUGUUUGUGCCAAGAUAAGGCUGUAGUGGGGACACCGUUUUAUAUAAUGGAAUUCAUCGAUGGUCGGAUAUUCGAAGAUUAUCGUUUCCUUCAACUUGCUGAUAAACAGGAGAGGCGGAAAUGUUGGAUUAGUGCUAUCGAUACACUUGCUGCUUUGCAUCGCAUCAAGCCGCAGCAAGUGGCCUUGGCCGACUAUGGCAAGAGAGACGGCUUUUAUAACCGCCAAAUGAAGAGUUUGGCUAAAGUAAGCGCCCUUCAGGCAGAGGUUGAAGAAAAGGAUAAUCCAGGGAAAAAGGUAGGCCAACUACCAGAAAUCGAUAGAUUCUUGUCCUGGUUCGCUCAACAUAUGCCCCAAGAUGAAAACACUAUCGUCCACGGCGAUUAUAAGAUCGAUAACCUCAUCUUCCACCCCACAGAACCAAGAGUCAUUGGCAUUCUGGACUGGGAGUUGUCUACCCUCGGCCAUCCCUUGUCGGACUUGGCAAAUUUACUACAGCCUUACAGCAUUGCUUGCGAAAACCCCUCGGAGAUCAACGAGGUGCAUAUCUGGCAAAAGAGUAGAAAGCACGGUUCUCUACUGCUAAGCUUGGGAAACUUAACUCCAGAACAAAGCCCAGUACCGGUCGAGGAGGUGUUGAUUAGAAGAUACUGCGACAAAGCACAAAGGCAGUAUCCUGUACACGGUUGGACAGCUGCAAAAGCUUGGGCCUGGUUCCGUCUCGCCGUUAUCGCACAAGGCAUCGCAGCAAGGAAUGCACAAGGCCAAGCCAGCAGUGCACAGGCCAAGAUAUACGGCAGUAAGUUCCCGCAAUGUGCUGCCGCUUGCUUCACGGUAAUCGACGCCGAUUCCCAAUCCAAGCCUAAACUGUAA